CUCUGGUGUCAUUUGUUGGUAUACAUGCGAAGCCACAAAGCUGAGAAGCUGUACUCUUGUGAAAUGUCUCGUCAUGAAAAACUCAAAACCAGACCCGGUUACAAUUCACCUUUUUACGCAGAAUGUAGCCAAGAUAUUUGAUUUGUGUAUGUUGCUUUAAUGGUGUGCGUGUUCCCCGAAUGAUUGAUUUUUAUGGGUGAACUUUAGAUUCUAUAGCUACAAUUUUCUAAGCUUGACAGUGAUUCACCAAAUUAUUUCUGGCAUCUUUCUGGUAAAAUUACAAUCGGUUCCAAUGUUCCUCAUGCACAGAAUUUUAUCAAAUGUUUGUCUCUCACAGAUUAUGAUCAUUACAUUGAUAGUUGUAAUAUACAGAACAUUUCCUUCGUAAAAGAGCCAACUACAGUAUUUGAGGCGCGGCGAAUGUCCUGCAGUUCCUGCUACGUCCAGCAGGUGUCAAUAUGAAGCAAGGUGCUGUUUGUGAUCCUCCCAAAGAGGCGAGAGAAGAAGAAACAGUUGCGGCGGCUCUCACGCGGUCUGGAGCUGGAUUAUCUCCUGCCACAAAAAUGGGUUCCGUUCAGGCUUUGAGAGAGUUUAUCAACGAGCGACUGGCUGCCGCUGCGCUGGAAAUAUUCACCGUGUUUGAACAAACUAUCGUCCAGUACGGAGAGGAGAUUGGUCGUCAGCGCAAUUUGCUGCAAAACAACCGGGAACCUGAGAUCAAAACAGAGCUUCCACAGCACCGUGACUGGAGAGAGGAGCAGCUUUUUAAGCAGGAAACAACCUACUGUCUACAGCAGGAAGAACCAGAACCUCGAUUGAUCAAAGAGGAACAAGAAGAACCAGAGCUUCUGCAGUUUAAAGAGCACCAGGAGGAACCAGAACCUCCCCAGAUUGAGGAGCACAAGGACUUUGGUACCUCCCAGGAGGGAGAGCAGCUUAUUCUGAAGUUUAAAGGUGAUGCCUUUCCUGUACCUUCCAUUGAGGAGCAAAAUGGCCCGAAUGAAACUGAAGUACCAGACACUGAGCACUUCCUCUCUCUUGACUCUGAAGUCCAUGCUGUGAAACAUGUUGACUCACAAUCAACUAGAAAUGCAAAGCUCAAAAAAGUCAAAUUAUGCCAGAAAUUAAACAGUGUCACUAAUAAGAAAGAGAUUAUUGGUGAAAUCUGUGGGAAAAGUUACAGCCAACAAAGCGAAUUGCUGGUCCACAUGAGAUCUCACACGGGUGAGAAGUCCUAUUCCUGUAAAACGUGUGGUAAAAGUUUCUCCUCAAACUGUUAUUUGGUGCGCCACAUGAGAACUCACACGGGUGAGAAGCCAUACUCUUGUGAAAUAUGUGGGAAAAAUUUCAGUGACAAGAGUAACUUGUCGGCCCACAUGAGAAUUCACACAGGUGAAAAGCCAUUUUCUUGUGAAAUCUGUGGCAAGCGUUUCAGUCGACAGGCAACCUUGCUUCGCCACAUGAAGAUCCAUAAAGAAAUGAAAUCAUGAAAGACACAAAUCUUAUUGAUGUAGUCCAUUUGGAGCCCAAAAUC